GAAACGUCUAUUGUUGACCAACUGUUUGGGAAUGAAACAGGUGGAGAACCAUAGCAAAUACCUGGGAUUGCCUACUGUAAUAGGCAGAGAAAAAUGAGUUGUGUUUGAUGUCGUAAUAGACAGAAUAAGAAAGAAAAUUAAGCAUUGGAAAAGGAAAACGAUGUCAGCAACAGCCAGAGAGGUUUUGAUAAAAGCAGUAGCUCAAUCUCAAGCUACCUACACUAUGUCAAUGUUUCAGGUGCCUAUUGGUGUUCUUGAUGAGAUAAGAAAAGCUAUUUCUAGCUUUUGGUGGGGAUAGCAGAAGGAAGAGAGGAGGAUUCCUUGGAAAUCUUGGAAACAAGUGUGUAAACCAAAGGAGGAAGGCGGGAUGGGUUUUAGAGACCUGAAAGCAUUUAAUCUAGCUCUACAGGGGAAACAUGUAUGGAAUCUCUUUAACAAUCCAGAAUCCCUGGUUGCUAGAAUGCUCAAGGCAAAAUACUACCUUAACUCAAACAUCCUACAAGCUAGAGUGGGGCACAACCCGAGUUACACUUGGAGGAGCAUUAUGUUAGCACAACAAUUGGUGAGGAGUGGCCUAAGAUGGAGAAUAGCGGAUGGUUCUCAAGUGAACAUAAGGGGGGAUAAGUGGAUAGCAGGAGGAGAGGAUUCAGGUUAUAGGCUUUUAACACCUCCCUUGGAAUCAGAGGAGAUAGUUAAAGUCUCUGAGUUAAUUGAUCAUGAGAAUAGAACCUGGAGAAGUAAUCUGCUCCAACUUUACCUAAACCCAGAAGAUAGAAGCAGGAUCACAGUGAUCCCUAUUCCUAGACAGCCUGCAGCUGAUGAACAGGUUUGGAGUAGAGAGAAAAAUGGUGUCUACUCAGUCAAAUCAGCUUACAAGCUUGCCACAGGGGACCUAGCCAUCUUACACGAGGACGUCUCUCAAGAUGGGAAUCUAGCAGAAGAGGAUGGUGAGAUUGAACACUAUGACCCUAUGAACUGGAAGAGGCUGUGGAGUCAUGUGAUUCCCCCUAAGGUUAGAAUUUUUCUAUGGAGAACUGCUCACAACAUACUCCCUAUUGGGGAAAAAAUCGAGGGACGUAAGAAGGAUGCUGCAACAGAAUGCCCCUUUUGCCACCAAGAGGAAACACAGAACCAUAUCUUUAGGGAGUGUCAAUGGGCAAUAAGGGUUUGGUGAUCCUCUAUGUUUCGACCCCCAUUCGAAUUAGAGCCUGAACUGUCAAUGGGCAGUUGGCUAUGUGAAAUAAUGGAGAAGAUCGAUGAUGAUACUCUCGCUCAAGUGGGUUUGAAGAUCACCAUCGUCAAGCUACUGUUGAGAAGGUGGAAGAACCACGUACCUGGAAGCGCCCACCAGCGGGCUGGGUAAAUUUCAAUGUGGACGCGCGAUGCUGAAUGAAGGAGGAACGGGUUUAGGGGUGGUAGCUCGUGAUUGGAACGGGAAUUUCGUCAUGACGGCAGUCCGCAGGGAGCGCAGGUCCUGGACACCGGAGCUGGCAGAGCUUCGAGCCAUCGAAUUCGGCCUGGAAAUGGCGAGGGAAGAAGGGUAUCGUCGCUGCGCUGGUGGAAUCGGAUUGUCAAAAUGCCAUUCUCAAGCUACAAAGGCAGGAGUCUUCGAGACUGGAGACAGGUGUGCGUGUGAGGGAGAUUCAAGAUCGGGCGGUUCAGCUCAGUUCGGUUGAAUGGCAGUUCGGUCGACGGGAAGAGAACUAGGGAGCACAUGCAACGGUCCAUGUCAGAUGUGAUUGGGAAACCCAUGAGAAAUGGGCUGAAAGACCACCAAUUUUUCGGUUGGAUUUGUUAACAAAUGAGGCUAUAGCCC